CGCUCUCGCCGUAUCAGUUCUGACUUGACAGUUAUGUGAAGAUGGCGGCCCUGAGUCGCUCUCCGCCGCUGCUCCUGCUCCUCUCCUCUCUGUGUCUCUGGAGCUCCGUAACCGUCCUGGGCGUAAAGGUGGCGAGCGGCCCGGUCGAGCUGCCCAAACAGCCCGACGUCAGAGCCGUCGAACCGGCGGCCAAGGAUGCACCUGUCGCCGUUGCCGCCGGGGCCUCUCCGCCGCGAAGGGCGAGCGGCUGGAAGCUGGCGGAGGAGGAGGCCUGCCGGGAGGACCUGACCCGCCUGUGCCCCAAGCAGACCUGGACCAACAACCUAGCCGUGCUGGAGUGCCUGCAGGACCGCAGAGAGGAAACUGAGCUCGCCCCCGACUGCAACCAUCUUCUAUGGAAUUACAAACUAAACCUGACGACUGACCCCAAGUUUGAGUCUGUGGCCACGGAGGUCUGCAGGAGCACCAUCGCUGAGAUAAAGGAGUGCAACGAGGAGGAGCGCGGGCGGGGCUACCUGGUGUCCUGCCUCGUGGAUCACAGGGGCAACAUCAGCGAGUACCAGUGCAACCAGUACAUCACCAAGAUCACCAGCAUCAUCUUCAGCGACUACAGGCUCAUCUGCGGCUUCAUGGACAAAUGCAAAGAGGACAUAAAUAGCCUGCGCUGCGGCAGCAUCAGCGUAGGACAAAAGGACCCCCACUCCCAGGGCGAGGUGAUCUCCUGCCUGGAGAGGGCGCUGGUGAGGCAGGCGGAGCAGCAGGACCGUGGUCACCCGAUCAAAGAGGAGUGUCAGAAGGCCAUCCUUCGCGUCGCAGAGCUCUCGUCCGACGACUUUCACCUGGACAGGCACCUUUACUUCGCCUGCCGAGACGACCGGGAGAGGUUCUGCCCGAACGUUCAGGCGGGAGAAGGAAAGGUCUACAAGUGUCUGUUCAACCAUAAGUUUGAGGAGGCCAUGUCUGAAAAGUGCAGAGACGCCCUGACGACCCGACAGAAGCUGAUCUCUCAGGAUUACCGGGUCAGUUACUCUUUGGCCAAAGCCUGCAAGCUGGACCUGAGGAAGCAGCGCUGCAGCCUGGACACCAGCCUGCCACGAGCCCGCGAGGCCCGCCUGUCCUACCUGCUGCUGUGCUUGGAGGCCGCCGUGCACCGAGGCCGCCCAGUCAGCGGCGAGUGUCAGGGGGAGAUGUUGGACUUCCGGCGGCUGCUGAUGGAGGAUUUCUCCCUGAGCCCAGAGAUCGUCCUUCACUGCCGGACGGAGAUCGAGGCCCAGUGCUCCGGGUUGCACCGUAAGGGCCGCACGCUGCACUGCCUGAUGCGACUGGGCCGAGGCGACCGCAGCAGCGCCGUGGACAACAUCUGCCAGAACGCACUGCAAACUCUGAUCCAGUCCGCCGACCCUGGAGCCGACUACCGGAUUGACCGAGCGCUGAACGAGGCCUGCGAGUCCGUCAUCCAGACCGCCUGUAAACACAUCCGCAGCGGAGACCCAAUGAUCCUCUCCUGCCUGAUGGAGCACCUGUACACAGAGAAGAUGGUGGAGGACUGUGAGCAUCGCCUGCUGGAGCUGCAGUAUUUCAUAUCCAGAGACUGGAAACUGGACCCGAUUCUGUACAGGAAGUGUCAGGGCGACGCGGCCCGACUCUGCCACACCCACGGCUGGAACGAGACCAGCGAGCUGAUGCCGCCGGGGGCCGUCUUCUCCUGCUUGUACCGCCACGCUUACCGCACAGAGGAGCAGGGACGGCGGGUAAUCCCAGAUGAGCAGUUGUCCCGCGACUGCAAAGUGGAGGUGCAGAGGAUUCUCCACCAGAGGGCGCUGGACGUGAAGCUGGACCCAGAGCUGCAGAAACGCUGCAUGACCGACCUGGGCAAGUGGUGCAGCGAGAAGACGGACACGGGACAGGAGCUGGAGUGUCUGCAGGACCAUCUGGAGGACCUGGUGUCCAACUGCAGGGAGAUAGUCGGCAACCUGACAGAGCUGGAGUCAGAGGACAUCCAGAUCGACGCCCUGCUGAUCAGAGCCUGCGAGCCCGUCAUUCAGGCCCACUGCCACGACGUAGCCGACAACCAGGUGGACACCGGUGACCUGAUGGAGUGUCUGGUGCAGAACAAGCACCAGAAGGAGAUGAACGAUAAGUGUGCCGUCGGCGUCACUCACUUCCAGCUGAUCCAGAUGAAGGAUUUCCGCUUCUCGUACAAGUUUAAGAUGGCCUGCAAGGAGGACGUUCUGCGCUUGUGUCCGAAUAUUAAGAAAAAGGUGGACGUCGUGAUCUGCCUCAGCACCACGGUGAGGAACGACACGCUGCAGGACGUCAGGGAGCAGCGGGUCUCUGUGAAAUGUCGCAAACAGCUGCGGGUGGAGGAGCUGGAGAUGUCCGAAGACAUCCGUCUGGAGCCGGAGCUGUACGAGCCGUGCAAGUCCGACAUCAGCCGCCUGUGUCCCAACGUGGCGUUCGGCAACGCUCAGAUGAUCGAGUGCCUGAAGGAGCAGAAGAAGCAGCUGAGUCAGCGCUGCCACCAGAGGAUCUUCAAGCUGCAGGAGGUGGAGAUGAGCGACCCGGAGCUCGACUACCAGCUGAUGAGAGUCUGCAAACAGAUGAUCAAGCGUUUCUGCACCGAAGCCGAUGCCAGGAACGUCCUGCAGUGCCUGAAGCAGAACAAGAACAGCGAGCUGAUGGAUCCCAAGUGCAAGCAGAUGAUCACCAAGAGGCAGAUCACCCAGAACACAGACUACAGACUCAACCCGGUGCUGAGGAAGGCGUGCCGGGCCGACAUCCCAAAGUUCUGCCAGUCCAUCCUGAACAAGGCCAACGAGGACAGCGAGCUGGAGGGUCAGAUAAUCGCCUGCCUCAAACUCAAAUACGCCGACCAGCGGCUGUCUCCAGAUUGCGAGGACCAGAUCCGAGUGAUUCUCCAGGAGUCGGCGCUGGACUACAGACUGGACCCACAGCUGCAGAUGCACUGCUCAGAUGAGAUCUCCAGGUUGUGCGCGGAGGAGGCGGCUGCUCAGGAGCAAACGGGUCAGGUGGAGGAGUGCCUGAAAGGCAACCUCCUGAAAAUCAAACAGGAAGCCUGCAAAAAGGAGGUGCUGAACAUGCUGAAGGAGAGUAAAGCGGACAUCUUCGUGGACCCGGUGCUCCACACGGCCUGCGCUCUGGACCUCAAGCACCACUGUGCCGCCAUCACGCCUGGCAGGGGGCGACAGAUGUCGUGUCUGAUGGAGGCGCUGCAGGAUAAGAGGAUCCGUCUGCAACCCGAGUGCAAGAAAAGACUCCAGGAUCGCAUAGACAUGUGGAGCUACGCUGCCAAGGUGGCGCCAGCCGAGAGCUUCUCAGACCUCGCCGUCCAGGUGAUGACGUCGCCCUCCAAGAACUACAUCCUGCUCAUGAUGGCGCUGAGCGUGUGCGUCCUGUUCCUGGUGGGGCUGCUGUGCGGUCGCAUCACCAAGCGCGUGACGAGGGAACUGAAGAACCGGUAGAAAGAAGGUCGCGGUCCAGAAAGAACAGACUGCUCGCCCCCUCCUCCUCCUCCUCCUCCUCCUCUUCCUCCUCCUCAGUCUCCCCCCCUCAGCUGCCUGGUCUGCAAACAGCCGACGUUAACGGUGCCAACGCCACACCCGAACCCCCCCCCCUCCCUCCGCUGUAGAAAACCAAAUGCUUGAGCCUCCGUUUUGGACUUCUCUGAACUCAAAGAGUUACGGAUCGAUGAAGACGACGCCGUCGGUCGUGUUUGAACGUCUCGAUGAACGCUGUGGCCGGGGACCUCACGGUUCAGUCCUGACCGUUUGUUUCGGUAUAUUUCUGGCUAACUCGUUUUUUUUUUGUUUUUUUUUGUUUGGCAGCUGCUGCGUAUUUCUCUGCAGGCGAACUAGCCGUUAAACUCUUUUGAGUUGAUCCUAAUCGUUUGAAGCACAUCUUGUCAUGAAGCUCCGUAGAUAGCGUCCGUCUGCGUCAGCGACUCCGAGCCGGCCUUCAUGAACAACAUUUUAAUUUAAGCUAAACUCUAAUUUCAUUGCACUUUUUACUUUGCCGUCUGAUUUUUUUUGUUGCAGGUGACCUGAUUUGCAGAUGAUGUUGCACUUUGCUUUGACCGUGUGGGAAGAUUUCUUCUGUUCAUCUGGAGGGAGGAAAACAGAAAUAUAAGCAGAAGUGAACCAAAAACUAGGUUGAAGUUGUUUUUUAUUUUAGAUUUUCACCAUAAAACAAAAAUGUUUUAAUCUCUCAAUCAGCUCCUAAUUAAUUCUUUCAAAGUAUAGAAACAGCCUGGAUCUCAGCAAGGUAACCAAGAUGUGAAAAUAUAACUUUCAGAUCUACAUGUUUGAUUUGCUUUAAUCUAAAUUCCUGUAGCUAAUAUUUUUGACUUGAAUUUCUCUGAGGGAUUGAGUGAAUGUGUAGCACGUCUUUAUUUUCAGAAGGUUUCCACUGAACGAGGGAAGAACAUUAUCCAGUCGGAGGCUAACUGUCCGUUGCUUGAUAAGGAGUUUUUUUUUUUUCUCUCUUCUUGUAUUUUCAGCUUGUACAGAGUUAAUAAAGUGUGGGUUUUUUUUUAAAUAUGCCAUUCAGUAUGGAGAACAGAUUAAUUAUUGUGAUGUCUAAAUUUUGCUGUACAGAUUCAAGUCGUCAAUUUAAUAAAAAAAAAUGUCUGCAGUUUUCAGA